AGACAAGCUUGUGGUGAUGUGUGAGAGUGUUUGAAACCGUGCUAGCUUGUGUUUGGCUUGUGGAGUGCAGGCUCAGCCCCAGGCUCUAUGUGCGGUCUGGGUUUGAGCUCUGGCAGCUGCUGGGGCUGGUCCAGGCUCUGUGACCCACCAGUCAGCAGCACCCUGUGUUCACUGACCUGCUGCAGCACACCUGCAGUGCAACUUCUGCUGUUCUGGUCGAUCCUCGCCCUUGGAAGACAGAUAGUCGGCACACAAAGCUGGUCCCAGAUUUGAGCGACAACAAGGCACCCUAAUGAGCGGACCUCGGGAUCGCUAUGGAUUUGACUAAGAUGGGCAUGAUACAGCUCCAGAACCCCUGCCACCCCACGGGGCUGCUGCACAAAGCCAACCAGAUGCGCCUGGCGGGGACGCUGUGCGACGUGGUCAUUAUGGUGGACAGCCAGGAGUUCCACGCUCACAGGACAGUGUUGGCUUGCACUAGUAAAAUGUUUGAGAUCCUCUUCCACCGCAACAGUCAGCAUUACACCCUGGACUUCCUUUCACCAAAGACUUUCCAGCAGAUACUGGAGUAUGCUUACACUGCCACCCUCCAGGCAAAGGUUGAAGACUUGGAUGACCUGCUCUAUGCAGCUGAGAUUCUAGAAAUAGAGUAUCUAGAAGAGCAGUGCCUGAAGAUCUUGGAGACCAUCCAGGCAUCCGACGAAAACGAUGCCGAAGUCACCAUGACGGACGGAGGUGCCGAGGAAGAGGAGGACAGGAAAUCGAGGUACAUCAAGGGUCUGUUCAUCUCCAAGCAUUCCAGCGAGGAGAGUGGCUACGCCAGCGUGGCCGGUCAGAGCAUGCCAGGAACCAUGGUGGAGCAAAGCCCGUCCGUCUCCACUUCCUUCGGCCUCUCCGCCAUGAGCCCCACCAAGGCGGCGGUGGACAGCCUGAUGACCAUCGGGCAGUCACUGCUGCAAGGUGCCUUGCAGCAGAACGCCCCUGAGGACUCGCAUGCCGCCAGCAGCCGCCACCCUGGCCUUGCUGAAGUCAAAACUGAAGUGAUGCAGGUGGAAGAUGCCUCCAGCCAUGAGAGCCCCCGGACGGCAGAGUCCAGCGCUUCCAGUGGGGAGAAGCCCGAUGACAAGAGCAAGGAGGGCCCUGGCACCCCGACCCGCAGCAGCGUUAUCACGAGUGCCCGUGAACUGCACUAUGUCCGCGACGAGAGCACAGAGCAGCCUCCUGAGGCCGGUCAGGGGCUGCAGCUGGGGCCAGAGCAGUCCACAGCUGCGAGCGAGAAACCCCUGGGUGUCUACUCUGUGCUACCAAACCACAAAACUGACUCUAUGCUUGGCAUGCCACCCUCCAUGCCAUCAGCCCUUCACAUGCAGCCAGCCCUUGCCGUGUCCAUGGACUUCAGCGCUUACGGAGGGCUCCUGCCCCAAGGCUUUAUUCAGAGGGAGCUGUUCAGUAAGCUCGGGGAGUUGGCAGCUGGCAUGAAAACGGAGAGCAGAGCUGUGGGCGAGCAGUGCAGCGUGUGUGGGGCAGAGCUGCCGGACAACGAGACCGUCGAACAGCACAGGAAGCUGCACAGCGGUAUGAAGACGUACGGAUGCGAGUUGUGUGGGAAGCGGUUUCUGGACAGCUUGCGGCUGCGAAUGCACUUACUGGCUCACUCAGCGGGUGCCAAAGCGUUUGUCUGUGAUCAGUGCGGUGCACAGUUCUCAAAAGAAGAUGCCCUGGAGACACACAGGCAGACACAUACUGGUACGGACAUGGCUGUGUUCUGCCUGCUCUGCGGCAAGCGCUUCCAGACGCAGACGGCCCUGCAGCAGCACAUGGAGGUGCACGCAGGGGUGCGCAGCUACAUCUGCAGUGAGUGCAACCGCACCUUCCCCAGCCACACCGCCCUCAAGAGGCACCUGCGCUCCCACACAGGCGACCACCCCUACGAGUGCGAGUUCUGCGGCAGCUGCUUCCGGGACGAGAGCACCCUGAAGGGCCACAAGCGCAUCCACACCGGGGAGAAGCCCUACGAGUGCAAUGGCUGCGGCAAGAAGUUCAGCCUGAAGCACCAGCUGGAGACCCACUACCGGGUUCACACAGGUGAGAAGCCCUUUGAGUGCAAGCUGUGCCACCAGCGCUCCCGGGAUUACUCAGCCAUGAUCAAACACCUUAGGACCCACAACGGCGCUUCCCCGUACCAGUGCACGAUCUGCCUGGAGUACUGCCCCAGCCUCUCCGCCAUGCAGAAGCACAUGAAAGGCCACAAGCCGGAGGAGAUCCCCACCGACUGGAGGAUAGAGAAGACCUAUCUCUACCUCUGCUAUGUCUGAGGGACAUGGAGGGAACGCGGGGCUGAGUUGCAGAGGACUGGGCAAAAAAAAUGCAUCGUCCAUGGCCUUUUGUUUCCGUUUUUCGUUUGUUGCUGUUGCUAGAAGGAUCCUCUUGCUGGGUUUGCGGCCGGGAAGGCGCUGGCACGCGGCGCUUGCUGUGCUCGCCGGUGCGUGGGGGUGGUGGGGGGCACACAGCAGCGCUGGGACAGACAGGGGUGUGCGAGCUGCCCUUCCACACCCGUGGCCCCUUCCCCUUCCCCACGCCUCCUUACCAGGGCUUGUGGGUGCAGGGUGAGGGGCACGUGUCCCCUUCAGCCCUGAAUCAGAUCCGCUCCUGCCUCUGCUGCCCAUGGCUACUGCGAGCCGGCAGCCAGCCUGCCCUGCUGGAGGUGGUACCGGGACAGUUUUGUACGAAUGGUGCAGUUCAUGCCUCGCCCCCAGAUUUUGCAUAUGACCAGUGAUUUGGGAAGGCUUUAAUUUUUUUUUUUCCCCUCUAUCAUCACCAGUAACCCCCUUCAGAGGAGCUGCUGUGGACCUGCCUGCUCAAGGCAGUCCCCGCCCUCUGCACCCCGAGGUAGGCACGCAUGCUGCCCUCACCUGCAGGGCAGUGACCCACGGGCUGAGCCCCACUUUCAGCAGCUUUCCUGCACCCCCAGCUGCUGCAUCGCAGGGAGGGCACCAGCCUCAACACACAGCCAGUGAAACACCCAUGCGGGCAGUGCCCUGCACGGUCGCCGCUCUGCAGGGCAUGAGCCCAGAGGAAGGUUCCGGGGCAACGGGGUGGGGGCCAAGCGUGGGCUGGUGCUAGUGCUUGUCCCCCCCAGUAAACGCUGCUGCUGCAGCCCGGCACGCACCUGCUUUGUCCAGGGCAUAGACGUCAGCUGUGGGUGCUGCAGGAGACCACAACCCUCCUCCUGACCAAAGACCUUUCUAUGCAUUUGUUUUUCCUUUUCUUCUUUUUCGGGGGGAAGACGAAGCCUUCAGCGGGAAGAUGAAGCCAGGGACUCCAGCGGCUGCGUGCUUGUCCCUGUCCCCGAGGGGAGCUGCAGCUCCUCCCUUCCCCGUAUGCCAGGAUGACCCCCGGGAUGCUGCCGGUUCCUGGGCGAGCUGACUGCGCCAUCAGAGCCCCAGGCAGCGGGCACUGCGGCGGUGCUGGGUGGGGGGGCGUGGAGCUUUGUUCCCACGGGGAGACUUUCUUUUUCUUUGUAUUUCGGGUGCUUGGAACGUGCCAAUGCUUUUUUUGCCCAGCCCUCAACUCCUGGAGUCUGUGGAGGAGCGGAUGGUAACAGAUGGCUUUGCUCUGUUUCUUUUUUUUUUUUUUUUGCUUUUCGUUUGUUUUUAAAAUUUUUUGACUAUUUCUGUGUUUAGCACAUUUUACUUGAAAUUACCUCGUUUUUUUUGUGACCUCAUGAGCUUUUAUUGAUUUGGGGGGCGGGGGGCGUUGUUUUAAAUGACGGGGCCAGGUAAAGGCCAUGUCAGGGGCUGGUGACGUGUGGCGGACAGGCUGCGUGCUUGGUGUGGUGGCAGAGCUGCCAGCGCAGCCGUGGAGGGGAUCGUGCGCUGGGUCUGUGUCAGCCACCUCGUGUGCAUUAUCGUUACCAAAACUGGUAUUUUUUGAGUGGCCUGAUGGAGCCUGGCUCACCGAUUCAGAAAGCUACCUCUUGUGUUCGUUUUUGUUGUGUUCUGAUUUUGCAGUGACAGAAGCACAGUUUGCAAUAUUUGUGUUUGCUUUGUGAUGUCAUUUCAGUUUUCAUCUCAUGCUUUACUUGCAAUUGUGUAUUUUUUUGUAAUUUAGCUGCGUUUGUAUUAAAUGGGGGGAGGGGGGGAAGAGUUAGGGAAAGGUUUCUUAGAUGGGAGUAAAGGGAAGAGAGCAGGGGUGUCUGUACUGCUGUACCCGGCCCACCCCUGCCCCCUCACUGUUGGGAAAACAUGAAGGCCUUAAACUGGGGAAGAUGCCAUCGUGCAACAGCAGAGCGGGGUAGGUCACGGCCUAGCGCCGAGUUAGUGCUUUGGGAAGGGAAGCGUUAAACUUGAAUAUGUGACUAGAGCAGUUGAGCGUCGUUCAUAAUGUGAAAGCCGCCGGCCCACAGCCAUGCGGGGCAUCGCAUGGGCAAGUGGGGUGCACCAGCAGCGCCGCGGGGCUCAGAGCUGACGCUGAUGCCGUGAGAUUUGGGGCAUUUUGCAGCUGACCCCGCUUCUCCUGCGCCCCUCUCCCUCAGCAGGGGUGCAGCUGCUACCCACAACCCGUGAUAGUUUUGUAAUCCUCAUUUGUCCCUGGGAUGUCUCCCUACCUUCUGUGGCGUGAGCGCCUCUGGCUGUGCCGUGGCGCUGUGUGGCCCGGGGCUGCAGCCGGGCGGUGCGGGGUGGCAGCACCCGCGCUGCAGCAUCCCCGUGCUCGUGGACGGCCGGAUGGGCUGUGAGGGAGCACCCAAGCAGUGCUGCUUCCAACCCCUGCCAGGGGUGUCACUGACCACCCGUGGUGCCGUGUGGCGAGCUGGGCAGGCACAUCCCACCCUGUGGAGAUCCCAUCCCAGGAGCGUCGCCUCCUGCGCCCGGGCAGGAAGGCCCCGUGUCCACACGGCUCCGCGCACACGCACUGGCGCUUGCAAUUGGUGACACCUUUGCUGCUCCACGAUGAGGAGGAGAAGCAGGGCAGAUGCUGAUUUAGUACAAUCCAGGAUGUAAUUUUGGAGAAUGGCUUGUUUAAUCUUUGUGCCUAAAAAAAAAAAAAAAACUAAAAAAAAAAAACAGUUCUUUCACAUAAACAGUUGCUGCAAUUUCUCACAAGUAUGUGGUACCUUUUUGCAGUGAAUUGGUACUGCCGGCCAUGGGUGUCAUGGUACUGCUGAGCACUCAGCUGAGCUCAAUGUGGCCUUUUUUGCUUUAAUGUUCCCUCCCCUCUCGUUGUCCCCCUUCCUUCCUUAACGUAUAUGUUGGCAUAGUUGGCUUCAGAGCUCAGCAUGGUGCAAAGCGUGAGUUUUGAUUCCUGUUAGUUCCCAAAAAGAGUGAGACAAGUCACUGGAGAGCUCUGUCCAGUGACAAGUCAUCAGGCAAGUCGGUAACGUGGGGGUCCCCCUGCGCUGGAGCCGCUCUCCUCCCGGGGAGCCGGGGAGCGCAGCGCUCCCUGCCCCGCACCCAGGAGGCAGCAGCUGCAGCACAGCGCCUCUCCCAUGCCCAGUACCAGUGUUUGGGUGUGCAUCCUAGUAUUCGUUCCACAUAGUGUUACGUAUGCAUGAUUUUCUAAGGCUAUGAAGCCAUGGUAAAGCUCCAUGACACCUAUCCAUAUAUAUAUAAGUAUAUAUAUGUAUAUUAUAGCACUGAGGACCAACUGCCCUGCUGGACCAAGCAAACUAAGGCUUUCUUUCAUUGCUUGUCUUUUAUGUCGUGACAGCCCAAGUGCCAGUCUGAUUGCUCUGUAUUAAAACUAGUGUUUUGAAUUAAUUGAUGUUAUAGUUCCGUCUACCUCAGCACCUCCUGGUAGCCUCAUUUUAGAAGGUGCCCAAUUUUUUGUUUUUGUUUCUUCAGAGUAUUGGUUACUGUUUUUUGUACAACUCUGUUUCUGUUUCCUCGCUGUUUGUUUCUUUGCAGUACUGCUUGCGAGUCCUAUCUGUUCUCUAGCCACAGAUGCAGUUAGCUAAAAUUUCCUGAAAAAUGAAUUAAAAAAAGUCCCGAGUUGUGGUGUCUCCUAGUUGCAGCUCUCCGCAUCUGCCUUCAUUCUGUGUAGAUUCAGAUGCAUUUCUUUGUAAAACUUCAGUGUUUCUGACAGAGGAAAAAAAAAAAAAAAAAAGAAGAAAAAAAGAAUAUACUGCUGCAGGUUUUUUUCUCUCCAUGUGUCACUAAGUGAAGUUCGUGCCUUCUAUAGCAAAGAGAAUAUUUUUUACAUCCUACUAACAGUAGAUUUUUUUGUAGUGGACAUUUUUUGUAUUUUUAUUUAUAAGUCUCAUAAGGAAAAUAGCAAUGUUCAGUUGUAUACCUUGAAUCUGCAGUUAGAAGAAACAAUAAAGUUAAUUCAGUUGUC